CUUUCUCUUUUCUAUCCCACUCGGGAGGGAAGUUUCGUGCGUGCAAGUGUGUGCUUUCUCCUUUCCGUCGGUGCGUCGUCGUCGUCGUCUUCUAUUGUGAAAAGCGUUUUGCAAUGCUCUAGCAGUGUGCGUUGGUUACGGUGUGCGCAAGAAAGAAAAACCCUUGCUCUCUUCUAAAACCCUACAUCGAAGAAAUGGAUUUUUGUGCGACGCAGUUUGGUUCGUGUUUCGGGAACAAGCCCUUCCCUGUACAAACGCAUUUUCGCUUCUUUCGCUGAGUUUUGGCCUCCAGCCGUAGCUCGUCGCGAGUGACUACUGUGCGGGGAACGGGGGCUGAUGGAUGCAGACGCUGCAAGACACAUUAGCGCGACGCCUGUAUACUUUGCUGCACGCAACAGUGCAUUUCCCGUUGGCCAGCAUUGGCCUCCCAUCCCUCAUCGGUGUACCCCUCUGUUCGUGGAAGGAGUUUAAUGGCAUCGAUUUGAUAUUGAAUGAACCCGUUUUUUUUUCGACAAAACCUAAAGGUGUGCACUACAAGCUAGAGCUAUUGUGAACAAACAUCCGUUUUGAUUGACGAUUCUUUUGAAGCGAAAAAUGAGAAAUAGAAACGCAGUCUAAACCAUUCUUUUUGUCUUGCAAGUAUCCACAUCUUCUGGGGUUUCGUUUGCUUGGUCCCAUUCCCACCCUCUAUCUCACUCAAACACAAACAUACACACUCACACACUCUAUUUCUCUCCUUCAGUACACCCACACCCACCGCCGUAAACCGGCUCAUCAGCUGCUGGUUGGGAUUGGAUGUCGAAAAACAUCUGCUUUUCGAACUCGAAUCGACCCCCUCUUUUUCCAUACGCUUUCCCCCAUUUUUUUCCUUCCCUAACCAUGCUGGGCUAAUGCUCCUACGGCCAUCUCCCAGAGCAACCCGCUGGGGUUGAAAAACAACAACAAAGCAGGCGUUCUCGCGGCAUGGUUUCAGUUUGCGUUAGAGUUUUGCUCUCUUAAAAAAGGGGUAUCUUCUCUCUUUUCAAACCUCGGAGAGAGUUGUGUUCCUUUCCAUCAUCCCCUUGCGUAGGAAAAGGAAGAAGAAAGGAUGCUCUUUACAAUUUCCAACAAUUUUCGUACUCUGCUACGACCUGGGUUCUUUUAGGGACAGUGUGUGAGUGUGUGUGCGUGUUCGUGUGCAAUUCUAGUGACCUCUAGAGGGAAUCCUAUCUUGAGUGGUUAAAACCCCCUACUAGUUGGAAAUGUUCUACAUCACAGUGGCAUCAAAAGAUGAAGAAUUUGUGAUCCAUGUGUGACCGAUUUGUUGGUUUUUUGUGUUGUUUCGUGAGAAUGCGUCUCUUUGCUAGGCAGCCGUAGUAGAGGAGCGGAUUUAGCUCACGGAAAAAAGAUGAACUCUUUACUCUCGGUAAAAGCGAGAUGGAUGUAAAACAAAUCACUCUUUGCGUACCUAACCGCAAACGGAAUGAAGCGAGAGCGCAUACAAACGAUACUGCCACUCUGCGCAAACGGUGGCAAUGAUGGGAAGACGUGUCCCGAGCUUCCUUCUACCGAUUGUGCCCACCUCCCAUCAGCUGUGAUCCCCCGUAGUUUCCAUACAUAUCUUAAGCAAACGCGCUCGCUCUCUCUCUCAUUUAGGAGCUGUCAAAACGAUUGCAAAUUUUGUUUGAGGAACAUCAAAGUUUAAGUUAGUAAUAAGUUCGUUGAGUACAAUUCCAUAGUUUUGGGAAAGUUGGGCAUAUCGUGCAGGUUGAAAUGAUCAUUUAAAUCUAGAUUCUAGAUAAUGUAUGAUAUGAAGCUAGUUCUUCCAAAACGAAGAGAGAACACCCGCAAGAGAGCGACCAGUUUCAUAACUUGGAGCGAGCAAAAAUCGGUCCACGGUGGUUUGAACAAGCGCUCCCCCGAAAUGUUGGACCCCAGAAAGCAACGAUUUCGAUUUUGACAGCCAAUCCGACGGCCUCAGACCACAAAAAUAUUCCUUCGAAAGCGUCCCGAAUCUCCAUCUGAUAUCUUGCGUGAUGUAUUCCCAUAAAUUUAUGUGAAUCAUCAUCAUCAUCAUCGUCAUCGGCGUCAGCAUCUGUACACAGGUGUACAGUUUGUUUUGCAGUUCAUUGCCAAAAGUUCACGUGAGUUAGCUGCAGCUGUGUGCGAUCUGAUUGAAAAUGAAAAGUUGAUCGACGUUCGGGGUUCAGUUUUUAGUUAACUGGUGCGAGCAAUUCCAGCAAAGGAUGCAAAAAACUAUGUAAAAACAACCGACAGAGUGUGCAUGUGUGUGUGUGGAAGUGUAGUGUAGUGGUGGCAUACAAGAGGUGUAUGCAAAUUAUCGUAAAGUGUGUCAUACAUACCGCAGCCACCCAGCCCUGUUGCGAAGUGUAUAUGAAUGGGUGACGACGCUUGGUAAACGUGCUGCCGUCCUUGUGCUCCCCGUAUGACAGGUUCGCUCGCAGCACGCCAGAAGCAUCCUUUUCCAUAAAUCAGCGCAAAACCUAAAAAUAGGAGAAAGUGCUUAAUAACACAACCACAGGAAGAAAAACAAAAACUCCGCUCGCAUCGUCCUCGGUGGUGUAGGUUUUUGGUGCAUUUGGUGUGUAUGGUGCGGUGUACCGGCGGCAACGCAAACACAUGCGCGAGUGUCCUUUUUUCCUCUGUGCAGCAAGGAGGUUGUGUGCGUGUAUGUGCGUGCGGGCUGUGUUGUCAGCUAGUGACCCAGUGGUAACUGCCAGCAAUCCGCCCACCCGAAGUGGAGAAACAAAACCUACGCUAGCAAUAAGCAAGGAAAUAAAAGUGAAGGGAAAACUCCGUGCUACGCGAUUUAUUAUUCAGCAGUAUUAGUUAGCUAGCUACCCGGUAAAACGAGGUGGUGCGUAGGUGUGUGCAGGCCUAUUUGGAGGUUAGUGGACGGGGAAACGGGAAUCGCCAAAGCUGCGCCUGGAAACCACCGAACACGCGGGGGAAAAGCGCUUUUCGCACCACCAUCACCACCACCCGUCUGGUUGGUUUGGAAUUCAGCGAUUCAGUCGAAAGAAGGAUUGUGUAUUUCGGAACGCUUCCUUUUCCUGUGUAUUUCCGAACACCAGAUUCCUUUUGCUAGCUGAGGAUUCCUGCUAUAAGUCUGCGUUACGUCUUCUCCCAGUGAAGCAUCCUGGAAGGAUAGCCGCACGGUGCGGGUGGUGUAGUGGCGAUCGCCUCGCCCGGUCAGCACGAUGGACAGCGGUAUGAUGACCGGCAAAACAAACAGUGACAGUGCUAUGCUCGGAAGCAUAGGUCAUACCCACGGUCACCCACACAAUCCGCUGCGACAGCAUUCUCAUCCAUCACCGGCAUCACUCCAGCAGCAGCAGCAGUCCAACUCCCAGCAGCAUCUGCACCAUCACCAUCACCAUCAUCACCAGCAGCAGCACCAUCCCACGGACAGCCUGACGGAGGUGUCGGUCGUGGACAUUAACGCAUCGUUGGCCGCAUCGGCCCCGCUCAUAUCACCACACGUUGCGGUGCAUCCGAUCAUCGUACCGGCAGCGGCCGCGUCGACAGCGACAGCAGCCCCAGGCACUGGAGCCAGCGCACCCGGGCACGUGCCCAGCUUCUGCAACAUUCUGAACGCCUCCAACAGCAGUGACCUGCAGGCGGUGGCGUACAAUUCGCUCACGCAAAACGUGCGCUGCAAAUCCCCACCGACGCUGGUUGAUAAUCUAAAGAACGGGACAAUCGGGAACUCCCAAAGCGCUCUCUGCAACGGAGCCAUCAUGACAAACGGACAGACGAAGGACUCGAAUCUGGCGCACGGGCUGGUGCGCAAGGUACUGAACAACAGCGAUGGAAAUGGACAGAAAAAGCCAAUGGUAUCACUCACGCAUUUACCAAAGAGACCUCCGAUCGACAUCCAGUUCAUGGACAUGUCGUACUCGGUGUCCGAGGGGCACAAGCGAGGCUACAAAACCAUACUGAAAGGCAUCAACGGGAAGUUCCGCUCCGGGGAGCUGACCGCCAUCAUGGGACCGUCCGGUGCUGGCAAAAGCACACUCAUGAACAUUCUCGCCGGCUACAAAACGUCGCAUCUCAGCGGUUCGGUGCUGAUCAACGGCAAGGAGCGCAACCUGCGCAAGUUCCGCAAGCUGUCCUGCUACAUCAUGCAGGACGAUCGGCUGCUGCCCUACCUGACCGUGCGCGAGGCGAUGAUGGUGUCGGCCAACCUGAAGCUCGGCAAGGAUAUUUCCGUCUCGGCGAAGCGGGCCGUCGUGGAGGAGAUCAUCGAAACGCUCGGGCUGCUCGAUGCGGCCAGCACGCUCACGCUCAACCUGUCCGGCGGCCAGCGCAAGCGGCUGUCGAUUGCGCUCGAGCUCGUCAACAACCCGCCGGUCAUGUUCUUCGACGAGCCGACGAGCGGGCUGGACAGUUCCACCUGCUCGCAGCUGAUCGCCCUGCUGAAGUCGCUGGCGCGCGGCGGCCGCACGAUCGUCUGCACCAUCCACCAGCCCUCCGCCCGGAUAUUCGAGCUGUUCGACAAUCUGUACGUGCUGGCGGAGGGACAGUGCAUCUAUCAGGGGCGCGUGAACGGGCUGGUACCGUUUCUGGCCUCGCUCGGGCUCGAGUGUCCGAGCUAUCACAAUCCGGCUAACUAUGUGAUGGAGGUGGCGUGCGGGGAGCAUGGCGACUGGAACAGCAAGCUGGUGACCGCGGUGAACAACGGCAAAUGCAACAACUACAAUCAACCGCUCGCGCAAAGCAAGAGCACCUCCAACAAGAACGUAUCGCUGGACGGCACGGCACCCGGUGCGACCGAGCGGGAGGAUGAGCUGGCGCUGCUGAAAACGGUCGUCAGCACUGGCGACUACACGGCCAUCAGUAUGCCCCCGGCCGGCAACGCCGCAGCACCCGAGGCACAGCUGAACAAUGAAAGCAAACAACCGGCGGGCGGUACGGACCGGAAACCAAUGCUUGGCAAUGGGGCAGAAGCGGCUUCUGCCGCUUCCCAGUCCACGACCACCACCACCACCACCGCUACGACCGCUGUCGGUGCGACGGGUGCAUCGGUCAACCCGUCGUCCGAUGCAACCGGCCCACUGCUGCCGGCCGUGGUGGUACCGCCAGCCGGGCCGGCCCAAACGCAGCCCGGUUGCAAGGCGACCUGCACCACCUCACUGCUCGACUCGACCGAAAGCGUCAGCAUAACGGUGCCGAAGAAGCAGGCCGGCUUUCCCACCUCGGGCUGGAUGCAGUUCUGGAUACUGCUCAAGCGCACCAUGAUCACGAUCAUGCGCGAUCAAACGCUCACGCAGAUGCGGCUGCUGUCGCACGUGAUCGUCGGCGCGAUCAUCGGCAUGAUCUAUUACGACAUCGGGAACGACGCGUCGAAAAUUAUGAGCAAUGCCGGGUGCAUCUUCUUCACCACGAUGUUCACCAUGUUCACCGCCAUGAUGCCGACGAUACUUACCUUUCCCACGGAAAUGGCUGUGUUUGUGCGGGAGCAUCUCAACUACUGGUACUCGCUCAAGUCGUUCUACUUCGCCAAAACGAUCGCAGAUCUUCCAUUUCAGGUACUGUUCACCAGCGUGUACGUGAUCGUCGUGUACUAUCUCACCUCCCAGCCGAUGGACCCGAAGCGGGUGGGCAUGUUCGUGCUGAUCUGCAUCCUCACCUCGCUCGUCGCCCAAAGCCUCGGGCUGCUGAUCGGUGCCGGCAUGAGCGUGGAAACGGGCGUCUUUCUCGGCCCGGUCUCCACCAUCCCGAUCAUCCUGUUCUCCGGGUUCUUCGUCAACUUCGACGUCAUCCCGAGCUACCUGCAGUGGGUCACGUACGUCAGCUACGUGCGGUACGGGUUCGAGGGCGCGAUGGUGUCGGUGUACGGGAUUGAGCGGGAGAAGCUAGCCUGCACCGAAAUCUACUGCCACUUCCGCAGCCCGAAGAAGUUCCUCGAGGAGAUGUCGAUGGAUAACGCGGAGUACUGGAUCGAUGCCACCGCCCUGUUCGGCUUCUUUAUCGCGCUGCGCGUCAUCGCGUACUUUGUGCUGCGCUGGAAACUGCAUUCCAUCCGUUAAACGUUAAACCGCAAUCGCUCCCCCCCUCCCCCUCCAACUCGAUACCAAAGCCCCUGGACAGAGAGCAAACCGUAAAACAAAUCACAUCAUCCAGCACUAAGGGGACAAGUGCUCCACGGAAGGAUACCGUUGGGAGUACCCAUGGCCCCGCACCCUAAACACUGCUCGCCAGCUCGCUCACCACCGCUAAAACCACCACGUGUUGCUUGCUUGCCUGCCCAUAUUGCUGUUCUUGCCCCGCCGAUCUACCGACUUGAAACGGAAGUAGCCAAAGUAGCGCCCCGAGCGACAUCAACCUUACACAACACACACACACAAACACACACACCACAGCCUUUCACCGUGAAGGAAGCAGGAAGCGAAGGUGGAUCUUACGCCUUCGGUUUUGUACUUGUAUUUACCGACAGACUAGCGACAGUGCAUCUGGGUCACCUCCGCUCUGCACCACUCUGUCUAUUAUUAGCCUGUGCAUGGGGCCAGGAUGCUGUGGGAGUGUUUCUUUUCCAGCUCCGUUACACAACCCGUCUCCAUUUUAGCAAGGCAAAGUCUUUUCCUACUCUAGAUGUAUAUUUUAACUGACAGAAGCUCGUGCUCUAUGUAACGUAUCGCAUUGUCGCACCUCCAGCAGACGACAAUAUCCCUUCUUUUCCCGGUAGUGCAAUAUAGCAAGCAAUAGAGGAAAAGAGGGAUGGUUAGGGCGGCUAAAUAGCGAAUGUUCAACCCUGUUGUACAACAGACCAUACAAAACAGACCAAUCACAUAACACACCCAAACAUUCACAUACACAUACCCAUGCUCACUCUUUCUCUCUUUCAAACCCCAUAACGGCUACACACAUUUAGAAGCAGUCGCGCAGUCACAUUAAUCGAUGUCCUUUAAAAAGAAAGUAUUACAGUAGUAUUUAUACCUCCCCCCGGUUCUGAAGCGUGACGUGAAGUGGGGAAAGCAAAAGUCAAACCGUACGCAAAGCGCUUAAUAAUAGCAUGCAAGCAUUACUAGAAACAAAAGUAUAGUAAAACAAAACACACACACACACAAACAUCGUAUAAUCAAGAAGAAAGAGGAAACCAUAAAACCAUAAAGAACACACAAAUCACAUAAGCGGUGAGUCCCCGAACAAAACAAAAAAGUUACAAAGAAAACAAAAAUAAAAAAAAUGAAACGAAAACAAAACACAUUUAUGCAUAUAAGGUGGGAUAGAAAGUUUUUUGAAUCCGCUCGUAUAGGCAACCAAAACCGUAUAUAGAACAGCGUAGCAUAUAGAUGAAACAAACGAUUGCGAGAAAGAGAGAAAGAGGGAGCACGAGAGAGUGAGAGAGAGAGCAAGAGCGAAAAGAUAAAAGCGAAGGAACCCGAUAUAGUAAACAACAAGAGGAGGUGCAAAAAGAAGUUAGUUAUCCGGUACAUAGUUUAGUGCAAAUUUUAGUAAAAAAAAAAGUUUUACUUUUACACAAUUCGGCAAAAAAUGAGACAAGCAAAUAUAAUUAAAUGAUGGAAUUAGGAAAACAAACAAAAUCGUUACUUGAUUGCGGAAAAUCAUUAAGAAGGUGAAGAAGAAUGCAAAACAAAGCGAAAAACUAAAGAAAAGAUAACUUUUGUUUUCUUCUUCGAAAUGGUUAAGAAACAAAAUUAACACAAAAUUUCAGUUCGGUAAAAGAAAAUCACAUCAAAAACGUCCGUGCUAUAGAAAGGAAACGUUUUCUUUCCUAACUUUAUUUCUUUCUUUUUAAGGUGUUUGCGAUUUGCGGCAACAAAAAAAACAGCAACAAAAACAUACACAACUACGCAAGAAAAGUAGCAAAACAGAGAUCGUACGCAUAAAAAGAACCAAACGUAAUAAGAAAAGCGAGACCACAGCGCAACCCACACAUUAGGAGCCAGCGGCGGCAGCAGCUGGACGAUAUCAGCCAAUGAAUGAAUCAUGUUGUUUUUUCCCGCCCGACAUAGAAACAUAGGAAAAGGGCACGCCACUUUAGUUUAGUAUGUAAGUCCCAGCGUGUGCGUGUGGGCGUGCGUGGGCGUGUAGGUAGGUGCGGCAGAAUAUUCGGGAAUUGAAAUUUAAACGAACCGACUGCAAAAAGAGACGCAAUUUGGCAGGGGUUUUCAACACAGCUGAAAAGUAACGAGGGUUGGGUGAGCCAUCGAAGUGUGCGUGUAGAGCAACCGAGGAACGGUAGGAUAGGAAUGUGUCGUCGGGAGAAAAGACCUUUGUUCCCCUUUCGGAAUCGUUUAUAUUCGUCUUUAAUUAUUUCCUCUCUGUUUGCGAUAUCAAUCAACGUUAAUAGUAUUUUCCUGUGCACUUGCGUUUGCUCUGCAAAAGGUGUGAUGUUUACGAGUGUACGGGGAGAGGAAAAAAGUUCUUCGAAACGAAGCCAUUUUGCUUUUUUGCACUAUCAAACGUAUUACUUUAUAUAAUCUUUUUGCGCAGAGCAGAACUAUACCCCUGCUCUGAGUAGCUAUCCGUACGGUCAGCAUUUUAAGUGAUAUUAUUUUUCAUUAGCUAAAGAAUCAACAACAAUCUUUUCGCGAAACCGACUCUGAUUCGGGUACGGGUUACUCAACCUAUAUAACAUCGUCCCCCGUAUGGUACGCACGCGAAACUUUGGAUAUUUUGUGCUUUAAGUUGCCUAUCCACAUGCUACGUAGUUUUACCACUCUUACACAUAUGUACAAUAUCUAAUUUUAAGCUGAUAAUUAGUUAUGCGAGCUGUCCCGUGUGUACGUGCGGGGAGUCGUUUAGUGUCCUAAUUUGAAAACAGAAGAAGAAAAACCACGGUGAUAGGGAACCAGUGUGAGCAUGUUUAAAGGAAAGUAAUUUAUUUUAUGAAUUCUCCAAGCACGAAGCGCAAGCGCCCGGCAGUUUGUGUCCGAGGUUACUGCCGCGAGGCACGAAAGCUAGCAACAAAGGCGCUAUAAACAGAAAGAAGUAUGUGUAGCAAUGCAAAAAAGGGGAAACCAUUUCUGCGUGUGAUAAGUGAUAAGUGAUUUCACCAACCAAACAAGUUAUAAAGUGCACGAGAGGUUUUGGGCGACGAAAAGGGAUUCUGAAACCGGAACGGAAAAUAACGGAUAAGGACGCGGCGUCGCGAGGCGCAUUUGCUCUCACGAUCAGUACACACGCGUGUCACAUUUUCUGUCGCUCGUGCGUUUAGGAUUUCUAGGAGCAUCAUAUUAGGAACACAUUGUAGGGCACUAGGGUUUGGGAAGGUAUGGAAAGGAAGAAAAAAACAUACAACAACAACGGGAUGAUGGGAUGGACAAAAUAAAGAACCCAAAUUUUGAAACAAU